AUGUCGUUAGCAGACUGUCUCCCUCUGCUCGAAAAGAUACGAUCCCGGAUAGGCUCCUGGCAGAAUAUAUUCCUCUCUUAUGCUGAUAGACUGCAACUGCUGAGUUCAGUAAUUUCUAUUGUGACUAACUUUUGGAUCUCUGCUUUUCGGUUGCCGAGUGGAUGCAUUGCAGAGAUAGAACAUAUUUGCUCAGCUUUCCUCUGGUCAGGUCCUGAUCUGAAUGCUACUAAGGCCAAGGUUGCUUGGAGGGACGUGUGUCUACCAAAAGGGGAAGGAGGGUUGGGGUUAAAAUCGAUUGUCGAAGCGAACAAAGCUAGGGAUUUCCUGCGCAAGGAAGUGUAUAGUGGCAAGCAAACUUUCUUCUGGUUCGAUCACUGGUGUCCUCUUGGUCCCCUUCAUGUCGUUCUCGGAGAUCGUGGUGUGAUAGAUCUUGGAAUCCCCCUCUCUGCCAAAGUCACUGCGGCUCUUCACCGUCAGCGAAGACAACAUCGUGUGGUCCUGUUAAAUAAGAUUGAGGAUGAAUUCGACAAGGUUCGCGCUAGGCACAGUGCGGCUAAGUCCGACAUUGUUCUUUGGCGAGGGCAGAGAAAUAAGUUCUUUCCACGGUUCUCCACAAAGAUCACUUGGUCUUUGAUUCGCGCCUGA